CCGUGGUGCCACUUUACAAUAACUUGAGCUGAGACGAGUGAGGUAGGAUUUCAUUUCCUCAGUGGGUUUGGAGGACGCCGAAAUCAGACAAUCUUUGGCUCGUCCAGUGCAAGUUGGAGUCUGACGUGUUUGUUUCCUUCUCAGGUGGAGGCCUGAAUCUUGAUCUAUGUCCCCCAUCCAUCCGCUGCCUGAAAGUGCUUCAUGAUCACAUGACCGUGGACAUGGACGCUGUCCUCUCGGAGUUUGUCCGUUCUACAGGGGCAGAGCCAGGGCUGGCCCGCGAUCUUCUGGAAGGGAAGAACUGGGACGUGAGCGCCGCCUUCAGUGAUUUUCAGCAGCUCCGUCAGGUCCACGCCGGGAACCUGCCCCUGCCUUUUAGUGAGGGCAGUGGGGGUGCCAGGACCCCUGGUAAGGGGUUUCCCGAGAGAGAGCCUGCCGUGCGCCCUCCCCGGCCCACCCUCCAGCGACAGGAUGACAUCGUUCAAGAGAAACGCCUGUCUAGGGGUAUCUCCCACGCCAGCUCCAGCAUCAUCUCCCUGGCCCGCUCCCAUGUCUCCUCCAAUGGUGGGGGUGGGGGGAGCAGUGAGCACCCCCUGGAAAUGCCCAUCUGUGCCUUCCAGCUCCCAGACCUCACCCUGUACCCCGACGACUUCCGCAGCUUCAUCGAGAGAGACCUCAUUGAACAGUCGAUGCUCGUGGCCUUGGAGCAGGCAGGCCGCUUGAACUGGUGGGUGAGCAUGGACCCCACUUGUCAGAGGCUGCUCCCUUUGGCAACGACUGGAGACGGGAACUGCCUCCUGCAUGCAGCCUCCCUUGGCAUGUGGGGCUUCCACGAUCGGGACCUGAUCCUGCGGAAGGCGCUGCACUCGCUCAUGGAGAAGGGCUCGGAGAAGGAGGCGCUGAGGCGGCGCUGGAGGUGGCAGCAGACGCAGCAGAACAAAGAGUCAGGACUGGUGUACACAGAGGACGAGUGGCAGAAAGAAUGGAAUGAACUGACCAAGCUCGCCUCGAGCGAGCCCCGGAUGCACCUCGGGACCAACGGAGCCAGCUGUUCCGGGCUGGAGAGUUCCGAGGAGCCCGUGUACGAGAGCCUGGAAGAGUUCCACGUCUUCGUCCUCGCCCACGUGCUCCGGAGGCCCAUCGUGGUGGUGGCUGACACGAUGCUGAGGGACUCGGGCGGAGAAGCCUUCGCCCCCAUUCCCUUUGGGGGUAUCUACCUGCCUUUGGAGGUCCCGGCCAGCCAGUGUCACCGCUCCCCGUUGGUGCUCGCCUACGAUCAAGCCCACUUCUCGGCGCUUGUGUCCAUGGAGCGGAAGGAGAACACCAAGGACCAAGCUGUGAUCCCACUGACUGAUUCCGAGCACAAGCUGCUGCCCUUACACUUUGCGGUGGACCCUGGGAAGAGCUGGGAGUGGGGCCGGGAUGACAGUGACAACGUCCGAUUGGCCAGUGUUAUUCUGUCCCUCGAGGUCAAAUUGCAUCUGCUGCAUGGCUACAUGAAUGUGAAGUGGAUUCCUGUGUCCUCGGAUGCCCAGGCUCCCCUCGCGCAGCCCGAGUCCCCUACCGCUUCAGCCGGAGACGAGCCGCGCUCCACGCCAGAGUCUGGUGACUCCGACAAGGAGUCGGUGGGCAGCAGCUCUGCCGGUGCCGACGGCAGCAGGCGGAAGGAAAAGUCGAAGCGAGAACGGGAGAAGGAGAAGAAACGGGCCGACUCUGUGGCCAACAAACUGGGGAGCUUCGGCAAGACCCUGGGCAGUAAACUCAAGAAGAACAUGGGCGGCCUCAUGCCGGGCAAGGUAGCCAAGCCCGCGGGGCUGGGCGCGGGCGUGGGGCCCGGCGGUGGCACCGAGACCCUGGACAAGAAGAAGAAGAACGCCCUGAAGAGCUGGAAGGGCGCCAAGGAGGAGGCGGCUGGGGACGGGCCGCCGGCAGAGAAGCCCCCGGCCGACGCGGCCAGCAACGGCGGGAGUAAGUACAGCCAGGAGGUGACGCAGAGCCUGGGCCUGCUGCGGAUGGCCAUGCAGGGCGAGGGCAAGUUCAUCUUCGUGGGCACCCUGCGCAUGGGCCUCCGCCACCAGUACCAGGAGGAGAUGAUCCAGCGCUACCUGGCCGACGCCGAGGAGCGGUUCCUGGCCGAGCAGAGGCAGAAGGAGGCCGAGAGGAAGCUCGCCAACGGGAGCGUGGCGGGCGGCCCCCCGCCGGCCAAGAAGCCGGAGCCCGACGGCGGGGACGGGCUGCUGGCGGCGCCCUCGGCCGAGGCCAAGGCCGGGGCCUUCUCCGCCAGCUACCCGGGGGGCUACACCAUCCCCCGGUCCUCUGGGGGCGGGGUCCACUGCCAGGAACCGCGGAGGCAGCUGGCAGGGGGCCCCUGUGGGGGUGGCCUCCCUCCCUACGCCACCUUCCCCAGACAGUGCCCCCCAGGCCGAGCCUGCCCCACGCACGACGCCUCUUCCUCGGAGCCGGCCAGUCACCCCAAGGAUGGCACUCACCAGGGCGCCUUGUUGCCGCAGCCCUUCCGUGUGGCUGACUCCUACAGCAACGGCUACAGGGAGCCCCCCGAGCCUGACGGGUGGGCCGGGGGGGCCCAGGGGCUCCCGCCCACCCAGACCAAAUGUAAGCAGCCCAACUGCAGCUUCUACGGACACCCCGAGACCAACAACUUCUGCUCCUGCUGUUACCGGGACGAGCUGCGGCGGCGGGAACAGGAGCCGGGCGGGGAGCUCCUGGUGCACCGGUUCUGACCCUCCCGCACUGGGCGGCAAGGGGCGCGUUGAGGAAAGUGACCGCAUUGCGGGCUCGGCAGCGUCCAGUCCCGUGCGCCCAGGCGCAGCUGGGGCAGGCAGUCCCGAGCGGAAACUGGGUGUGUGUCGGAUGGAGGGCUGCCAGCUGCAGGCCACGCCGCCCACCUGGAGACCUGGACUCAACAGGAAUGAGGAGGCACUGGACUGUGCAAACGAUAACUGUGUCUCACCAGUCCUGUGGGCUUCCCCAGCACCGGGGAAGGCAGCAGCGGGAGGUUUGGCGGGUGGGCUGGGGCGCCGGGCAAGAGUCCGGAGAAAGGUAGGCAGUAGGGGUUCCCGGCUAAUAAUGAGAGAGCAGAGUGCCUCCAGGUGGGGAAAAGUACAGGGGGGUAGAACCGGGGAGCGUAGGAGGGAACUGGAGGCGGGACACAUUUGCUGUUGAAGGAAGAAGUCGGGCCAGCUGAAUCCUCGAGGGCUGGGAGAGGCGGGCAGGAACUCACGGGCCCCUCGCCGGGAAGGGAAGAGGGCGAAGGGGGGUCCAUCUCCCAAGACGCGACGCCUCCCACCUCUCGUCUGCUCGGCUGUGAUGGGACCUCCCGGCCACACUCUGCGUCUCCUCAUUCCUUCUGAAGACUGAGCUAACGGAAUUAGGAAGGGUAUUGUGACUGUGUUUUAGGACUCUGAUUGUAUUAAAAGAAGAAAGUUCGCUCCGGGUGAACUGGCACAGAGGGAGCCAGGAGUGUCUUGGCGAGGGGGGGGGAGGCAGAUUUUCGGCCAGACUGUUUCAACCAAAACCAAAAACCAAACUCUUAGCACUGCUAUCCUCUGCUGCUACAUUUCCAGAGAAGCAAAUUUUUGGACUCUUUUUUUUUUUCUUUUCUUUUUUUAAGAAAAAGAAACAGAACAACCCCAGCAAGCAAAAACAUUUUAGAAAGUGAUUUUUUAUUUUUAUCAUAUUUAAGUGAUUCUUUCUCCCCUACUUUAUGGAGAAUGAAUUUAACAUCCCGGCUUCUUUUGUUAAGCCAUAGUUAGCUGACCUUAAUCUGUGGUUAGUUUAUUAAAAUAAUAGAAAAUACUUUGUAAGAAAAGAUAUUUUUGAUAACAGUCUGACAUUGAAACAGGAAAGGGAUUAAGGGCAAUUUAUAAAAAGGUAGCUAGAGCAAUAUAUUUUAGUGAGCUGUAACCACAGAUCACAGAUCAAUCCCAGUGAGCUGAUCUGUCUUUGGGGUCUCUGGGGGUGGCAGUGGGCCUGCAUGUAGUCAGGGGAACCCCUUUGCAUUUUGCACAAAGCACAAGUCUGGACAGCUUAUGGCCUGGCCAGUGCCAUUUCUUAGAGCUUUAAACCAGAGGACCUAUAUUUCUUCCACCCUGGGGAAAAAAAUAACUAUGCAAUUGUCUAGACUCCUCGGCGUGUAUGGAGAAGAGGAGCCGAUGUUACUUCGGUGCCUGGAGUGGUAGCUGGGCCCUUUGUCUGGGUUUUCCUCCUAUGAAGUCCAGCGUAGACUGGACCGGGUGUGGGAGAGACGCGUGUCUGUCGCUUCUGCCCGAUGGGAGCUGUUAGCCCCGCUCGCUGCUCACUGCUCCCCCGGAACUCAGCCCCUGGCCACCACAGCCAGCUCACAGUCUAGGCAGAUUCCUUUCUUCUCCAACUUGCAGCUUCUUCCUUCCCAAUCCGAUCAUUGUUGAUUCAGUCCGUUCCUACCGAGAUGAGAUCUCGGGUUCAUGGAGCGGGGUCACGGGAUGAGCGUUUGGGGGCAGGGGUGCCUGGUGGGAGAGAGGUGCUCUCCCUCGGGUGCAGAGCUUCUGGGAGCCCCCAAAUCGCACCAUCAACAUAAGGACUGACUCAGUGCAGUCAAUUCAAAGAAUGAAUCAGUAAUGCACAGAUUAGCAAUCUUGAACGCUGGCUCCAGUAGACAAGGAUUAGGGUGAGGGGAAAAGUGUGGACUUGAGCGAGUAAUCAGGUGAAACCAAAACAUGUUGAGAUUUUUGUUCAUUGUGAAAACGUGAUGCUCAUGGUUUUCAAAAGAUAGUGCAUUAUAGUAGUGUCUGUUACUGAACCCUCGCCAUCCCUUCGACCUUGAGCGUGCCCACAGUGAGUGCCUUGCUCACCUACUGCUGCUGAGACCAGCGCCCAUCACCAUCUGUUCCCAGGCCUGCACCCAGACCUCCAGAGCCAGCUCCAGGCCCACCUCCAACCUCCGUAUUAGGGGGUUCCUGGCCUGGACUAGGAACAAGAGCACUCCAGAGUUAAAGCAGGAUGGUGUUGACUCCCCACUGGACUGCAGUGUUUGAAUCUCAUCUGUUACAGAUUCUAGCUGGUAGGUCUGUUUUUAAAAACUGAGGACAAAUGAACAAACAAAAACUGUGUCACACUUG